AUGUCAGCGGCAAAAAGGGUUCAGCAAUGGGCCACAUUUGCUCGGACUUGGCACGUAUUUGACUGUAAAUGGCAAGACCCUUACGAAUCUGCUCAUGUUAUCAAGAAGUAUUUAAUGGGAUUGCAUAAACCCAUAUAUCAUCCUAUGAACGAUUGUGGUGAUGUCGUAGUGUGUAUAAAUAGUAAGGAUAUAGCGCUAAGAGGCAACGAGUGGAGGAAGCGGGCGUAUUUCCACCACACGGGUUAUCCUGGCGGCGCUUCAUGGACCUUGGCGUGGGAGUUGCAUAAUAAAGACCCUACUAUGAUAAUCAAAAAGGCAGUAUACAGAUCAAUGACAGGUAAUCUGCAGCGACGUCACACAAUGCAAAGGCUUUUCAUCUACCCUGAGGAUAAAGUCCCGGAAGAUGUCAUGCAGAAUGUCACCAAUCAGAUCAGGCAGAUACGGCUGGUUCCCACAAGAUUAGACCACAUACCAGAGGAGGAAGUGAAGAACUUCCCCAAGAUUAUGGAUUACCCUGAAGAUUAUGUCCUUAAAUAAAUGUAGUUGUUGUAAAUUAUGUUAGAUUAAAGAUUUAGUUACUUA